UGGUUGUUACAAGAAACCUGUCAUGAUUAUUUAAAUCUCGAAGCUUUAACCAAAUAUUCUUUACUAUAUUUAAUACCGACAUUAAAUAUGACUGAACGUGCACCCAGGUAUUUAAUAUGCCACAUGCAGCAAUUUAGGAAUUAAUGUAAAUACCUAAAACAACAAUAUUAAUCGUUACAAACGUGCGUAAAUGUAGCUCGUGAACUGUUAUAGUUGACCGUUAAUGACAACAGAUGGACGUUAGUUUAUCCUUCUGACUUUUUCAAUGGCAUCCUAUUGCAUAAUUUUCUUGACAUUCAGAACGUUUCUCACUGGUUGUCACUGUAGAAUAUCACGGUGCGACCUGAUGAUUCUUUAUAUUGUAUUGGUAUUUUUAAGUGUUGCAGUUUAACGCAGUACACAAUCUUGUACACUAGAUGACAGUAUUCUCCGCAAGGGCACAUGUGAUUUCGUAGUGUCGAGAGAAGAAGAAGAAUCGAUGUCAUGUUGGAUGCUCGAUAAAUAAGUCCAAAAUGACUAGCCGGAUCAUUCCAAAAAGAAAAACAAAAUCGUCUGUGGAAUGUGUCGCUCUCUGAAAGGAAAGGAAGUGGCUUCAUUCUAAUGUCGUGCGGCGUAACCAGAUCACUUCGAUGAGUGGGUAACAGAGCAAAGUCACCUCCAUUGUAUAUACAGAUCAAGCUUUGAUAGAUAAAGCGCGAAAACCUGCCACAAUGCCGCUAGGAAUAAAACCAUGUUGUGCCGUCUGCAAGACCAACUCGUCGUCGAUGUGGAAGAAGGGAAACCACGGAGAGAUCCUCUGCAAUAACUGCACCGGGAAGAGCAGCACAAGUAGCGCUGGCGGUGCUACUGCAGCCGCCGCUGCCGGACCCUCCGUGUCUGCAGCGACUCAGCCCAGCAAUGGCGGACCCAAACAGUCCAAGCAGGAGAUCCACCGCAGGUCAGCACGUCUGAGGAGCACCAAGUACAAAGCUCCAGCUACAGAGAAGAAAGUGUCAACAAAAGGCAAAGGGCGGAGACACAUUUUUAAACUCAGGAAUCCAAUCAAAGCACCUGAAUCUGUCGCCACAAUCAUAACGUCGGAGUCUGUGUUUUAUAAGGGAGUUUACUACCAGAUAGGGGAUGUGAUCAAGGUAACCGAUGAAGAAGAUGGAAAGGCCUAUUAUGCCCAAAUACGAGGCUUUCUUCAGGACCAGUACUGUGAAAAGAGUGCUGCUCUCACCUGGCUUCUCCCCACUGACGCUAGCCCCGAUGGUCAGUUUGAUUCAGGAACCUAUAUUGUUGGUCCAGAGGAGGACCUGCCCAGGAAGAUGGAGUGUCUAGAGUUUGUCUGUCACGCGCCCUCUGAGUACUUCAAAUCACAGAGUUCGCCUUUCCCAACCAUUCCUAUCAGGCCGGAAAAAGGUUUCAUCUGGACCCACAUUGGCCCAACGCCGACCAUCACUGCCAAAGACUCUUCCAACGGUGCCAGUUAAAGCCACUGUGGUGUGGGAGGCAGCUCCUUUAUGAACUGAUGCAGGAUAUUUUAUACCCUAAGGAGAUGGAUCUUAACUGCCUGUGUUUUAUAUGGAAGACAGUUGUGUAUAUAAACAUUUGGAGAAAAACAAUUUUGUUUUUUAUUAUUAUUUAAAAAAGAGGGACGUUAGAAAUGCUGCUCAAGCAAACAAUGCUCUCUCCCAUCUGAUAAAUACGGUUUUCCUGUUUUUCUUUCACCUGCCGCUAAAUAAAAGAAAUCUCAU